AUGCGUACUCGUUUCGAAUACUUUAUAGCUGGAGACCCAGUGAACCCUGGGAGUAACGGUCUCCCUGAAUUAAAAGAAAGCUUCAACUAUGGUCUAUUCUGCCCACCAGUCAACGGCAAGGCCGGCAAGUUUCUCGACGAGGAACGACGCCUCGGUGACUACCCCUUCAACGGACCUGUUGGAUAUCUUGAGUUAAAAUACAAACGGCGGGUAUACAAAAUGCUGAAGCUUGACGAGAAGACGUUGAAGGCCCUGCACUCACGUGCAAACCUUCGUCGAUUCCUCGAACAUGUGACGCAUGCGCAGAUUGACAAAAUCACCAAGGCUUGUGCUAAAGGACUGGACCCAAACUUCCAUUGUCAAGAGACUGGAGAAACACCUCUAACAAUCGCAGCCGGCCUAAAGACACCAGGAAAAGUACUAAUAGCCCUUGUAAACGGCGGAGCCUUACUAGACUACAGAACCAAAGAUGGCAGCACAGCUAUGCACAGGGCUAUUGAAAAGAACUCUCUAGAAGCAGUAAAAACUUUACUGGAACUCGGAGCCUCACCUAAUUAUAAAGAUGGGAAGGGAUUGACGCCGCUGUACCUUUCUGUGACGAAUAAAACUGAUCCGUUAUUGUGUGAAACCUUGUUGCAUGAUCACGCUACGAUUGGGGCUACGGACUUGCAAGGUUGGCAGGAGGUGCAUCAGGCAUGUCGCAACGGUCUUGUCCAGCACCUGGACCACCUGUUGUUCUACGGCGCGGACAUGAACAGCCGCAAUGCGUCUGGAAACACUCCGCUGCAUGUGUGCGCAGUUAACGCUCAAGACUCUUGCGCACGCCAGUUGUUAUUCCGGGGCUGUGAUAAAGAAGCGCUUAACUUCGCUAACCAAACCCCUUAUCAGGACAUUAUAAAAUAUGAGCACCGAAAAGUGAGUGUACCGAAUUUGUACUGCGUGAAGACUUCUAUACUAAUUCAUGCUUUCAAACAUUCUCAGGUGGCUGUCAUAGCAGGCAACUUAGACUUGGCUGAAGUUAUAAAGAACUACAAAGCUGAGGAAGUCGUGCCAUUCCGUGGACCUCCUCGGUACAAUCCGAAGAGACGAUCUGCGGCUUGGGGGGGUUGGUGGACGGCAGGGGACAGAUCGUCCCUAGCUUCCUCGACACGGAUACCCGCGGAACUAGACACCCUGCUCCGCCGGCAGCCCGGCCCCACAGCGUCUCCCUGCAGUCUUGAGAGACCAUUCUCGUCGGCCUCGUCCAGCAUUAGCGAUGCCAGUCACCCCAGCCACGAGGACGAUGCCAGUAUACUCACAGAUAAAAGUGCGGGCGACACGAGCGACAUCAUAUCGGACUCUAGCGGCGUCGGGACCAGCAACUCUGACACUACGUGCUCCCUCCACGGGGGCGCUACCGUCGUGUGUCUGCAACCUUACGACGCAGGCACGCCUGGUCACGUGCGCCUCAACCAGGGCGAUAUUGUUGAAGUGACGGGAGCGACAGAUGAUGGUCUACUGGAAGGUACGGUGCGAGGCUCUGGAGCAAGUGGAUUGUUCCCCAUGCAAUGCGUACAAGAAGUACGUUUGCGGCAGAACACACAUAAUCUACAUCAGGUGCUAGCGUCAGGACCAAUCCACCAUUCCCGAGUUACGGGUAGACGGGAGAUGGCUCUCAGCAAGACUUACAGUGCUACUGCGCCUAGGAUUAAAAAGUCGACAACAAUUAACAAUGAUUGGCUUGUAUCAAACAAUAACAUUCACGGGUCAGAUGUUAAAUGCAUCCUCCCCACUCAUGGAGCUACGGCCUUCAGACGCUGCCCAGCACUGCAGUAUCUUGAUGAUGUCGACGCGGGUGGUGUAGCGGACCGCGCAGGACUUAAGAAGGGAGACUUUCUUGUGGCGAUAAACGGCGAGGACGUGUCGUGUGCGUCGCAUGAACACGUGGUGGAGCUGAUCCGCAGCUCCGGUGCACUCGUCUCCAUGACUGUUGUCUCGUUGAACAAUCACAAUGGUAAGUACCACACCCUACUGCUCUUUGUACAUAGCCUCCGAUUGCUGGAAAUGGACUGGCCUGCAGAUGGUAACAACGAGAACAACACGUGUACGGUACCCACAAGCAAGUCUCAGAACCAAUUGUCUAGUUCUGGUCGCCCUUACGCCGCUACUCUACCCAGGAAGGGUGCCGGAGGUCGAGCACCUGCGCCUGCGCCGCCACGCCGCGAUCCGCGCACUACCUUGAGCGUGGGACGUGCCCGAGCAAAGUCUAUGGUCGCUGGACUUGAGAAUGGUGGUGAAAAAGAAGAGAGCUGUGAACCUCUGAGUGUAGCUGGCAAGUCGUCGUCGGCUGAAUCUGUGCAGCUCCCGGGUGGAAGUAACAGUGGCACACCAGUAUCUGGCACUCCUGUGGCUCCCCGCACGGCGUCCAUCCGCGCCAGACCUGCAUCAUCGCGCAUCACCGCCGCAGAGCUCGAGGAGCUGUUCCAGAGACAAGCUGACGCAGAUACCAUCCUUGGCAACAAUGCAAUGAUGACUCGGUCCGCAUUCCAAGGCGGAUCGAACUCCCCUCCCUACUCACCUGCGCGAGCACCCACAAGAGUUUAUGCAUCUGUGGCCGAGAUGAAGAGGUCACGUGGGAAGUUGUGGAGCAAAUCAGGAAGUAGCACAUUACGCCGCGACUUCCAUUCCACACCGGACCUAGCAGCUGAGCAUACUGCGCACCCACCAAGAACUCGAUCCAGCGAAGAUGUGCAUGCUCCAGGACGAGUCCCCCCACCAGCAUGUCCUCCACCCCCGCCGCCAAUAACCGGGGCAGUGCCCGCCUCCACAUUCCGGCCGGCCGACCAAGCCAAGCUGUACGCCUCGCCGCGAGACCUAGACACCGUCGCCUACCGACCUACAGCCACCGAUAACACGCACAACGGUCGUAAAGCGACAUCGUUACGGUCUUGGGCAGGCCCUAACCGGCCCCAAUCGGCUGACGAAGCCGGCAACCAGUACGCACAGCCCUUCAACACCCAUAAGGGCUUUGUCAGACAGAACUCUACACCAGCGCCGCCAAUCCCCGAGCCGGACUAUAGUAUGUCAGAAUCUGACGACGAAGUGGAUUCCAAGCCCAAAGGCGAACCCGCCGCGGUCGCCGAGACCAGCGCCAAUAGCAAUGCCAGUGGCAGUAGCUCGGGUUCAAGUUCGAUGCAACAUUCGUUCUCUGUAGACGAGAUCCAGAAGAUCCGGACUCGCUUGAAGUCAUCGAAGUCAUGCGGCGACGAGCUGGGCGUGGAGCGCGACGACGGCGACAACUCGUCGUCUGGCGUGUCGUCCGACCAGGAGGCGCAGGCGCGGCCGCCGCCCCGCCGCGACAAGGUGUCCUUCUGUGCCUCCGUCACCGUCAAGUCCUCCAACGACGUCAUCAGCACCGAGCCCGUGCACUCGUCCAGCGAGAGCCUGGCGCCCCCGCCGCCCCCCAUGGCGCGCCACAACUCGCUGACCCGCAAGCGGGCCACGGCGGCCGUGCUGCGGGGCGCGGGCGGCGCGGCGCGCGGGCGCUCGGCGGCGGAGCGGCUGGGCGUGGACAUCGACAAGGCGCCGGGGCGGCGCGCGCGCGCGGCGGUGCUGCUGGCCGCGCUGCCGCCGCCGCCCGAGGAGGCGGUGCCGGCGGCGGAGCACGCGCCGGUGCUGGCGCCGCCGCCGCAGUUCAGCGACCGCGUGCGCGUGGUGGCGGCGCUGCCCAAGCGCCUGGCGCACCUGCAGUAGGAGUGCGUCCCUUCCCUCUCCCUAUCGUCGUAGGCUUACCGUACCGCGCCCUCAGCGAGAAACGUUUUGUAAUCGAGCGACUAAAUGAAACCAAAGAUUUAUAGUAUUUAUUGUUGAGGAGUUAACAUUGAUAUAGUUGAAACUAAUUUUUAUACAUUCCCUUAUUAAGCUAGUAUAACAUGCGUUUCACGAAUCAUUAUUAUUGGUAUUACUUUACUGUUAUAUACCCGACGUAGCGGUUUUGUUCUGUUCGUUCUAGCAAAUUUAUUUAAUUCUAAUACUUAUAUCGUAAUUUCAACCUUUUUACAACGCAACCAAGUGCCAUCGUAUCUAUGAUUUUAAUAUAUUUUUAUAUUAUAUAUCUGUAAAUAUUUUACGAGAGCUAUUUUCAAGUUAAAAGAGUGGACCAGACGCGUAAAUACAAAAUCAUCCGGCCAGCAUAUAUUAUAUUGAAAUCAGAUUAUUUAUUAAACACUGGUAUUUAUGAAUGUUGAUACAUAUAUUUAUAUGGAACAUAAUGUUGUACUGUGUUAUGAUCGAUUGUUAUUAUUUUAGUUGUUUUCAUUAUUCGUCCAUCGGUACGUCGACAUGAUCCACUCUUUUGACGAAAUAUUAUUGAAUUAUUACGUUUACAAUGGCCAAUAUGGCGAUUAUUUGAAUUGAAUGUGUUCUCAUAGAAGACUAGCGCUUGAACCAAACUCACUAGCGUUUCAUCCGUUCCAUGAUAUUGUAAAGAUUUUAUACUAAUCGAAAUACAUCCGUGCAUCAUUUAGAUAUAGUUUACAUCGCAAAGAGAGUGUAACACCAAUUUUUAUAUUUCAUUAAUCGAUUUUGUAUCUUAUUCUAUUGUACUUUAGAUAUCAUUUUUGCAAAAAUUGUAAUUGUGACUCUUCGAAAUUAACUUGUAAAAGUAUGAAUCACACUUAUAUUAAAAAUCACUUACCCUUUUACUUUAUGAAAAGGGAAGCGAGAUUUAUGUAUGAAGCUCAUUAUAGAUGUAUCGAAAUCUUACCUGAUAUAUACCUGCCAAUGCACGACAGCGUGAACUGAGGAAAAUGUUCCACUGUCACUCGUCUGCUAAACUAUAAGUAACAAAGGUUACAAAUACUACCGAAAAGCAAUCAGCCUAAUACGAGAAACUAUUUUGGAUCUUAUGUUAAUGGACGUUAAGUUUUAUAUUGUUUGUUAGUAGCAAUAGUAAUUUUACCGAAAGUUAAACCCCCUGUUUCGCGACACCAAGACUAGGAACUAUAAAUAUUUACCAGAUAAAAAAAUAUUAGAUUUUAUCUUUAAUGGGAUAGUGGAACAGGAGGCGGUCAAUGUUAAAAUUAGCUGAAUUCUAGCUGAAUUUUAAAAUAGUAAGUCGCGUAUAGCGGACUAUAGCCUCCACAUGUAUUAUUAGCACAAUCAAUUAAUUUGUUUAUUAACGUUUGUAUUAUUUCGUUAUAAUCGUCUUGUCAUUAUUUUAAGUUGUAUAAAUGUAUUGUCUACUUAAGGCAUAGAUAGGUAGUGGUAAUUAUUAGGGCAAUACUUGAUUGUAGAGUAACAGUCGGUAAGUGGGGUGUGGCGCGUUGGUACUGUCGCUCAUUGGACUACACUACUCGGGAAAUAUGAAACUUCCUUACCUUACACUUUUUGUAAAAAUCGCAUUUUUAGACACCUGAAAAACUUUGUACAUACAUUUGCUUACUCUUACAGAAAAUGCAAAAUACACUGCUUUUUAUUACUACUUCUAUUAAACAUGAACAUUUAUUUAUAGUGUUAGUUUAAUGAGUGCCAGAUACCAACUUGCUGUGGUUUUGUAUAAUACAAUUGUGUUUCGCGUUUCAUUUGAAUCUCAGUAUCGGACGUGUAACUACAACUUGGUAUACUUUCAAAUGAAAAAUUAAAUGUUUCAUCACUUA